AUGACUACUCCGUUACAUACAAAUCUGGCUAAUAUUAACACAACAGAUGUCACCUGGGAAGAGAUGGAGAAAUGGAUUGUACAGAUGUGCGAGACGAUGUUCCCGAUUCAAGCAACGUUAGGAAUUGUUGGGAAUUUCAUCAAUCUUCUCGUUUUAUUCUCAACACAUAUGAGAAGCAGAGUGAACACCCUUCUGGCUUUCGCUGCGAUCUCUGACAUGAUUUUCUUGGCUGCCAUGAUUCCACACAAUAUGGCAAGAAGAACAGGAUGGAUGUUCAGAGAUUGUAUGCCUAAUGAAACGAAUCAUUUCAAUCAAACUUCAAUCAAAUGUUACACUGAUUUCGCUCUUUUCUAUUUUGCCAAUAAAUCUCGUUUCACUUCGGCGGCAAAUUGUUUUUCAUCAUUCAGCAGUUGGUUGAUAGUGGUGGUCACGUUCGACCGUUUAUGGGCUAUUAAAUCGCCAUUUUCUGCAAGAAAGCACAGAUGCUCUUUCCGCGAAAUUCUUGUAAUCCCAGCUCUCUUUAUGAUCUCUUUUCUGACAACGAUUCAGUAUGCAUUAAACAAGACAAGGAUCGAGAAUAACCGCUUCGUACAGGAAAUGUUUUUGACGGAAGAACUUCAAAAACUUUUGGUAUUCGUUCAUAUUCUUCAUGCUACUUUUCUUCCAAUUUUAACGUUAUUGAUUUUGAAUAUGUUCUUACUCUACUAUCUAAGAAAUAGAAGACAGUACUUUGAGACAAUUUCGAUCAAUCGAGAUAGCUCUAGAAGGACGACCAGAUCUGAUUCUGAUCUUCAAGAUGGAUCCCCGCCACUCAUCGAACCUGAACCAACAACUGGACAUCAACUUGUGAUCCCAACAAUGAGUCAAGGAGGUUCAUACCAAUCUCCAAGUCAUCAAGCAACGAAUAACACUUUUCAAAAUGUUGUUGCUCAGCUGCGUGUCAAUAGCAGCUCACUCUGGAAUCGUCAACUUUCAAAAGCUGAAAGACAUGUGACGAUCACCGUUGUGGCUAUUGUCUCUUGCUAUAUCAUCACCCACAUCCCAUCAGCUAUCAUUUUUGGGAAAAUGUAUCUCAUGGUAUCUGAGGGAAAAACAAUGUACGCUCAAAAAUCUUCUUACACUUGGGCUGCUGUUUCGAAUUUCUUUGUGAUUACUGGAAAAGUCACUAACUUCUUCCUGUUCUGUCUUAGCAGUAAACAUUUCCGUUUCCAUCUCAAGCAACUCUUUUGGGGUCGGAGAAGUUGGAGCAGCAAGAAGCACUCGCGCCCACGAAUAGAAUUGCACUCAGCUUGCGUCUCAAACACGGACAAUGGGCCAUACUCAUCAGUUGGAUUGAGACUCGUAGCGCCCACACCCUCAACUGUGGCGAGUGCUGUUGAGAUAUCUGAGAGCUCAGCUGGAGUCCCCCGUACUCGCUCACUCCCACUCAGCCAACUCCCCGAUGCUCUUCCGGAAAGUGCAAUCGCACCUGUA